CUUGUUCUCCGCCCAAGACGUCUCGUAGCGGAAGUGGUGGCGUUUCCUGGAGACCGGUGACAGGCGGAGGCUCUCGCUGCAGAAUGAAUGUUGGGGUGGCUCAUAGUGAAGUGAACCCCAACACACGGGUGUUGAACAGUCGAGGAAUAUGGCUGGCUUACAUUAUUCUAGUGGGUUUUCUUCACAUAAUCCUCCUGAGCUUUCCUUUCUUCAGUGUUCCUGUUGUCUGGACCCUGACUAAUGUCAUUCACAAUCUUGUCAUGUACCUGUUUCUGCACACGGUGAAAGGGACUCCGUUUGAAACCCCUGACCAGGGUAAAGCACGACUUCUCACUCACUGGGAGCAAAUGGAUUACGGAAUCCAGUUUACAUCUUCUCGCAAGUUCCUCACCAUAACCCCAAUUGUUUUAUAUCUCCUUGCAAGCUUUUAUACCAAAUAUGACGCAGUCCAUUUCCUUAUCAACACUUUGUCAUUGAUCAGCGUCGUCCUUCCAAAACUUCCACAGUUUCACGGCGUCAGGAUAUUUGGGAUAAACAAAUACUGAAGAGGACUUUAUAUCCAGAUAUGUGGCCUCUGCCUAUCACAUAAGACAGUCUGCCCUGCAGAGCUUACUGGGAAAGUUGAUAUUUAUUUCUGUGCUGAAGAUAACUGGCUAUGUUACCUUGUGUGCAGAGCAACUCUUCUUUCACGCAGUUGUCGUCUUUUUUAAAUAUGGGCAGAUGGAUAACUGAUCAUCUGAUGCGGCAUAACAAAUUGUAGACAUUACAUAUUGGACAAUGCCAUUGUGCUUUCAUUGGUUUAAAUCAAUCGGACACAAUAGGUUGUUUUUACUGACAGAUGAAGAAGGUACAGUGAUAAUCACCAGCUGUGCUUCAAAGGAAAAAUCUAUUGCCCCUCCCACUCUAUCGAUCAACGUAGUGUCUUUAUACAACUUCUGUGAAAGAUUUUUCUGUUUUUAGCCUAUAAUUCUGAAGGGAUUUCUUCAGCAUAUAUUUAAAGGGACA